AAUCGAAAGGUAGUAUAUCAUGUUAAUAUACGUUCGCUCACUUUGAGUUGGCUGUGAGUAUAGAACCGUCAGGAUACGCGUACUUGCGCGUAUCCGCGAAGCAUAUAGCAUAUUGCUUUGCUUCUACCAUUAAAAGCAACGGACAUGUCAGUACCGAUACAAAGUCCGAGCAAAAUGUUAUGCCGCGUAAAGUCUUGUCUCUAGUCACGGCCUAGUACACGCUUUUAUAUCGCGUGCAAAUAGUGUGCGCAGCAAUAUUUGAUAAAUAAAAGAAUUUCAAUUAUAGAUCUAAACAUUAACACAUUGCGUUUCUUCAAUUUAUUUAGCACAGUGCGUGUUUUAUAAAAAAAAUUUCAAGAAUAUAAGUAUUUCCUACUAGGAGAAUUAUCCAAAACAGUGCGCGUGCUUUCAGAUUCGAAAGUGCCUUACUAUGUUGAUCAAGCUGCAGAUGACUAUUGUUCAAUGUAUUAAACAAUAAGAGGCAUGGAACAAUUCCAUGAUAUGAGUGAUGGAAAUAUACAUAUGAGUGAUGUCAUUGAAGUCAUUGAAACUGAUACUAAAUAUAAUGGGAGGGAAGAUCAAAUCCCAAAAGAAAUGAACACAGAACGAUUGUUGCCUUAUGUUGAAAUAAUAGAACAACCGGCAAGCAAAGCUUUACGUUUUCGCUAUGAAUGUGAAGGCAGAUCAGCUGGUAGUAUACCUGGUGUAAACAGUACAUCAGAAAAUAAAACAUUUCCUACUAUAAAAAUAGUUGGAUAUAAAGGUCGAGCUCUAGUUGUAGUAUCAUGUGUAACAAAAGAUCAACCAUAUAGACCUCAUCCUCAUAAUCUUGUUGGGAAGGAAGCAUGUAAACAAGGUGUUUGUACAGUAGAAGUUUCAUCAGAGAAUAUGACAGUUACAUUUGCAAAUCUUGGGAUUCAAUGUGUAAAAAAAAAAGAUAUUGAAGAGGCGCUUAAAAUAAGAGAAGAAAUUCGUGUAGAUCCUUUUCGAACUGGCUUCGAACACAAAAGACAACCUACUAGUAUUGAUCUCAAUGCAGUGAGAUUAUGCUUUCAAGUCUUUUUAGAAGGAUCACAGAAAAGAAAAUUCAAUGUGCCACUACAACCAGUAGUAUCUGAUCCUAUAUUUGAUAAAAAGGCAAUGUCAGAUCUUGUGAUAUGCAAACUCAGUCAUAGUAAUGCAUCAGUCGCUGGUGGUAUGGAAAUGAUUUUAUUAUGUGAGAAGGUUGCAAAAGAAGAUAUACAAGUUAGAUUCUUUGAAGAAAAAGAUGGACAAGUGCUUUGGGAAGGAUUUGGUGAUUUUCAACCUGUUCAUGUACAUAAACAAACAGCAAUUGCAUUCAGAACACCAACUUAUCGUAUGCAGCAAGUGGAACAACCAGUGCAAGUAUACAUUCAACUUAAAAGACCAUCGGAUGGCGCAACGAGCGAACCAUUUCCUUUUCUGAUGUUACCUCUCGGUGCAGAUGAUCCUGAUUCGUUAAGGCGAAAGAGACAAAAGAUUAAUAACAGCCAAAACGCGCUAGUUUUGAGACAUGUACAGGCAGAAGCUGAGAAGCAUGCUGCAAUGUUAAAUCAAUACAAUUUUAAUAUUAUUAAAUCAGAGCCGACGGAAAGGAUAUCUCCUUACGGAUAUCCAGUUGGAAGUGGAGGAUCCUUUCCAUCCUUGUAUCCGAUGGCAACAACUUCUCCACAAUCACAAUCUACUAUACAAACGUUGAGGCCACAAGUAUCGCCAGAUCGUACAUCGCCAAUGGAGUACAGAUUAUACAAUCCAGCACUUAUUCAAUCACAACCAUCACCUCAAUAUCCAUCAACAAGCAGUCAUAUCUUACAACAACCAUCAAUCAGAACGUAUACACAACAACAAUUUCCAUAUGUACAUGACACGUUACAAAUACAGCCGCAAGAACAAUUAACGUUAAGCAAAGUAACAUCAAACUAUCACGAAGAAUUUCAAUCGUUGAACAAUGCUGUAGGUGAAAUGGAAGCGACAAAUGUUACAAAUAUUUUAAGUAUGGACAACCCACAGUAUAAUCUUGAUUUGAGUCUUCCUCAACUUGAUUCAACAGAACUCGCCGAUCUUGAUAUUAGUCUUUCUGAAAAUCUAUCCAGUGGAUUAUCAAUUUCAGAUUCUACCAAACCGGAAACAAAUAAAGGAAUAAAUGCAGAAUCAAGCAAUAUUGAAGAAAGUAAUAACAUGACCGAUAGUUUUACAAGAAUUGCUAAUAACACUAUUCAGGAAUUAUAUACUUUAAAUACUAUGUAUAAACCAACGCGGGAGGUUGACUAAAAAGCUGUAUAUUUUAUUAAUCUUAAUAACAUUGUAAAAAAUAUGUUAUAUAAAUAUUAUUCUCUGAAAGAAAAUUUCUUUGCAUGAAUAUAUCAUGUAAUUAAUAUUUAAAUGGUUGUGAUUGUAUCGCAGUAUAUUACUGUGUAAUUUUUUAAAUUACUUUUUCAUUCGAUAAUAAGUUUUAAACAUUGUUAAUAUUUUUAUAUGAUUUCUAAAAUUCUUUACUUUCAAUAUUACGAAUUAAAAAUAUUCAUUUAAGUAUACAAAAUGCUGUGACUGUGAUCAAAAUGUAUCGAAAUCUAUGUCUUGACAUGCAUGCAAAAUGUCUCAAUAUGAAUUAUUAUUGUAUACAAUAAAACUCAUAAGUAAAGAAAAUAUUGUGUAUAUAUUGUAAGACAAUCUGCAUGCAAUAUUCGUACAAAUUGUUUAGCUAAAAUAAAUAUCCGCAAACAUUUCUGUUACACAUCUUAUACUCUUAUACAAAUGUUUGAUUUUUAUUUUUUACACAUUUAUAUAUUUACUACAAAUUCCUUUGUAAAUUGUAUAUCAUUUUUAUAUUAGGGAUAAUAUCUGAGUGCUAUAUUCCUAAUAAUAUGUACCCAAUUAAAAAUUCCAAUACAUAUUCCGUCCAGGUACGUUGAUUCAUAUUUAAAAAAAUUUUUACCUUAAAUUUUAAUAUUAUGUACUAUGGUUGCAUUCCAUCAUAGAUUUUACACAUAUUUGUAAUAUUUUGUUAUCAAUUACAAUUUACCUGGUAUCCGGUAUCAUUAUCUUAAAAUCACUAUUAAUUACAGAAAUUAUUUUAUAAAUAAACAAUAUCAGAUACAAAUAAUAUUAUGCUUAAGUACAUAUUUUUACUUUAUAUACAGUUACAUCUAAGAAUACAUUAUAAUUUUACAUACAAUUAUACGUGUAAAUAAACAUAGAUAUUGAAAUUCAGUAAUAUUUAAUUUUGUGUAUCACAUAUUACGUACAUAUUCUAUUGUAAAUUGCUAUUUUAUAUUUACAUAGUAUAACUACAUAAUUCUUAAUUUAUAUGUACAUAGAAGGUACGUAAAAACAAUCUUAGUCUAAAUUAUCUUCGAAAAAAUAAGUUGUCGAUUAAUUAUCAAGUAUUAAAUAGGGAAAGACGCGUUCCUUCACAAAUACGUGAAGAAUAAAAAAACAUCUGUUGUUUUCCAAAAUGUAUUUACUUAAAAAUACAAUGAAAGUUCAAUUCUGAUGGAAUGGGCAGAAAUAUAGUCUGUGGUAUCGGUUACUGUUAUGUCGAAAAUGAUGAUGCGAUGGUAUCCUGUACAAAAGUAGUUUGAACAAGACUUAUGAACACACAAACCAAAUUCUUAGCCUAAGAUUUUGUUUACGUUUAAUCGUGACAUGUUUCAUUACCAGAUUCAUUAAGAUUCUUAAAUUCUUCUUUUUAUGCUUAUCUAACAAAUGUAGGGAUGUAACGGUAUCUGGGCGCUCAGCCUGAUUGAUUGUAAGACCCGUUAGCACCAGUAAAUAAUUUUCAGAAUCACGUCAAAUACUGGAGCAGAGAAGAGUUCCGUGAUCUCUGGCUCAAAGUACACAACGUAAGUCCAUUUUCAUAUCUUUUGAACAUGUUGCAAACGGGGCUUGUUAUUGUAUUAAUAAAAUUAAAUGGACCUAUGCUUACAGUGUAUUAUUGUAUACUAUGAACGCUAAAGUACUCAUUUUUGCUCAGGCACCUGUACUUUAAGAUAGUUCUUUGUCAACAUGAUCGUCAAGGUACUAUCUUGAAGUCAACACGUGUAAAUACAGCAGCAGAUUGUGUAUAAAAUCGUAGAAUAACAGAGUUCUGGAGGUGGUAUGGUCUGUAAACAAUGCAAUAAAUUGCUGUAUGACUUACGUAUCAUUAUAUACGGAGUAUACUUAAAUUUUGUUAUUUCUUUCAUUUAAUCAAUUGAAUAAAUUGGAUUUAUCGUACAAAUGUGUAUACAGUCCAUCCCAUCUCCUUGGAUUCAAUGUAGCAGGAUUCAGUCCACAAAUAGCAGUUUUCUUUUUUAUUUUAAUACUGCUAUUACUGUAAUUUGUUUUCGGAAGUUAAACCCAUUACUACUUACGAGAACGAAUCAUUUUCUCUGAUCUAACUGCGUUUUAUUUAACUAUCUCAUUCGAAAAUAUUUGUACAUUAAAACGUGGGACAUCGUCUCGCAUUCAAAUUAUCGUUACCUUUAUUUAUUAUGCAGCUAUGGUACAAUGGUAUCGUAACCGCAAUGUCUCUUCACCCGUUUCUUGUCUACCAGUCUCCCGAAAUAAGUGAUGGCAUGGACCAUUCCAUUUGCAAAGAUCCACUGACACUAACACAAAGAGCAUAUAUAUUUCAAUUGUUGAUAAUCAGUGAAAUGUGUAAUCAAAAAUUAUAUGAUACCAUUAAUAAAUCUGAAAAUAUGUCUUUAAUAAGACACUGAUCACUGUAUGCAAGAUACUGUCAUAUAAGAAUACUGUUACCCGUUCUACGACAGUCAACGAAUCAUUGCUCGAGUAGUCCAUGUCAAUAAAGUCAAAAUAAAACCACAGUACAUAAAAUACAAAUGAAUUACGUUCAAAUGAGUGCAAUUGAAUAGGGAGAGUUUUCUCAUUAAUUUUUUUAAUCGUCGAUAAUUGUUGCAUUAUAUUUUCAACGAUUUUUGAAAUGCGCUACGUAAUUUCGUUUUGAAAUCUUACGUAAAUACAAAAAAAGGAUAUAUAAUAAAAGGAUAUGAAUAAAUGGAAUAUUCAUUUUGGAGAAAUAAACAAAUUAUUUGUAUCAUUUAUGUUUUAUAAAAUAAAAAUUCUCUCCCUACUCUAUAUACUCGAAGCCUAAAUUGUAACAACCUCUCCACAAUACAUUACGUUACAUAAUAUUAUCAUUAAUAAUAAAAUGUUUCUUAUUCCAUAACUUUAUACAUACUAUGUAUAAUUAUUAUGCAAUGUUAAGAACACACAUGACUCAUCCACACUACUUAGCGCGAGCGUUAUAUUAAUCUUAAUUUUUGUUUUCGGAUCAAACAGGAGCACGAAGCAGAGAUUUUAAAGAUCAUUAAAAUCUUUUCUUUUUUCUUUUUUCAUUUUUUUCUUUUUAAUAUACAAAGAAUGUCGAGAGAUGUCCAGUAUUUAUUUAUUAUAGUAUUUAUUUAUUAUUUUUAUUUCUUUACGCACCACUUGAUCCAUUUUAUUUAUUUUUUUAACCGCUCGCGCUCCUACAAAGUCGUUGCAAAUACACAUAUAGGU